AGAACACACUGAAUUUGCCUUCACAUUUUCCAAGUUGAAACAAGCAUAGAUAACCUAUUAUCAUUAGCAUUUCCCUUUUCCCUCUCAUUUUUUCUUGUUAAAAACAUAUCCUAUAUGUUUUGUGAUUUGUGUUUUCUAUUUUAAUGAGUUCUAUAUGAUGCAUUUUGCCACCAUUAAUGUCAUUAACCAUACACUUUCAAUUCCACUGUAUUAGUAUAUAUGUACUUCUAGCUUAUGAUCUCAGGUGAGAAGAAGAAACACCGGAAGGAAAUGAUAGCCAUGAAGCGCCGAGAAAGAAUGAUUCGUCGCGGUGUUGACCUCCAGAAAAUUAAUGCGAGAUUGCAACAGAUGGUUCUGGAUGAGGCUGAUAUUAUGUCGUUUGAACCUAUGCACACAAAAGAUUGUUCUCAGGUAUGUAGAGUUGCAUCAGUCUACCACUUAUGGAGUAGUUCUCAAGGGUCUGGCAAGAAGAGAUUUGUUACAGUAGCAAGAACACCUCAUACAUGUAUGCCAUCUGCGCAUGGUAGAGCUCGCUUAGAACAGUUAAUAGGAGCUAAUGAAGAGGAUGACGAUGACUUUGUAGUCAAUGACGAUCUAUCAUAUGGAAAGGGCCCCAAAGCCGUAAACAAAUCUUCAAGAGGCCAAAAGUGUCUUUAUUCAACACCUAGGGACUGCAAAUUUUCUCAGACAAGACCACUAAAGGACCUUUCAAAUUCUGGGGGCAAUAAAAAAGAUCCGUCAAGCAGAAAGAAGCGCGACAGUAAACCGAGUCCUUCCUACUCUUCCCAACCCGUGUCGUUCAUAUCAAGCGGUAUAAUGGGUUCAGAGACAGUUGAGCAGAAGGCUGCUGAUGAACCAAAGGAGUCAAGUGUGUCCGGCUCAGUGCAGAACUAUGGCGCAUUCGAGUUGCACACAACCGGUUUCAGUUCCAAAAUGAUGGUUAAGAUGGGCUUCACGGGUGGUGGAUUGGGCAAGGACGGGCAGGGCAUUGCAGAGCCCAUCCAAGUCUCUCAGCGUCCUAAGACACUCGGUUUGGGAGCUCCUGUUGCUGAACCGAGCACUACUCAGAACAUUUCGAAUUCCAAAGGGACCCGCACUGAGUCCCUUGGUCGCAGCGAGGACCUCCCGAGAAGAAGUGCGAGCUCGGGGAAGAAAGGAUGUUCUAGAAUCAUCCAUAAGCCCCGGGACGGAUCUCAAGGGUUUGCAACGUUUGAGAAUCAUACGAAAGGUUUUGGAUCCAAGAUGAUGGCGAAGAUGGGGUUCGUUGAAGGCAUGGGACUUGGGAAAGAUUCUCAAGGGAUCACGACCCCUAUACACGCCGUGAGACGGCCUAAAUCUCAGGGAUUGGGUUCCAAAAAAUGAUGGUAGCUUUGACUGCAAAAGGGGGGUAAUGCUCGGGUUCGAUUUCUGAAAACAAAAUGUCUUUACCCCCUCCCUCUAUGGUGUGAUAAUGUCUUCCUAAUUUUAGGGCUGUGUUGAUUUAUUUCCAGCUAAUUAGUUAGUCACUGUUAUAUCCUAUGUCUCACCAUUUCUUUUGAGUAAAAUACUGUUUUUUAUUAUUUAUUGAGAUCUCUUGAACUGUUCUUAUACCUGACAAAGAUUAAUGUUCAGCAAUGUUAAUUACAAGUAUUUAUAGAGUAAAAUUAUAUUCUUUUU